AUCUUCUGCGUCGCCAUUUUAUUUGGAUUUACAAGAUUACAAGCUAAAAGCCAAGCAAUUGUAAGGCGUAGAAUUCUGACCAUCACUAAUUGCAAGCAAAGCACGUUGUCUCUAGCGUUUUGUCCUAUAAAUCUGUGAGUUAUUUUACCAUUGUGCAUCAUUACGCAAGUGUUUACUAAAAUGAUGAGCCAUUUACAAUACGUUAUCUCUGAUAGUGUAUGUGAUUACUGUCAUAAAUUCUUGUCAGUAACUCCAGUCAAAGUAUAUCCAAAUAGGAGAAUAAAAUGUGGCAGAUGUUCAACAAGCAACGAUGAAGAAGAGGACGUUGGUGUAGAUUCUAUGUAUAAUAAAAUUGCUACAAGUAUUUUUUUCGAGUGUAUUAACAAGUUUGAUGGCUGUACACAAUUAUUACAGUCAUCGGAAGUAGUUGAACACGAAAAAAUGUGUCUAUCCAAAAUGUGGACCUGUCCUAUUUGUCUGGAAGAAAUAUUUACUUUUUUAAUAAUUCGUCAUUUUAAAUUAAAUCACCCCGAAUCCGUAUUAGAAAACCGUCAUUUUCAAAUAACUGACUUAAAGAAUAUAGAAAAAACAUUUGUGUACCAAUUAGAAUCUGAUUUGCUUCUCGUGAACUUUCGUGAUGUAUCUGACUCCUUUGCGGAUGAUUUGAGGCGUUUUUCAUUAAAUGUUCGAUUACAUUUGGGAAAAAAAGAUUAUCUUAAAAAUUUUAAAGUAGAUUUCUUCGAAAAAAAUAUUGACAUUUUAGAUAAAUCUAUUAUCACAAGUGGGAGUACAUCUGCAACAUGUAAUAUACAUUUAAAUAUUAUAAGUGGGUCAAAGUUGCUGGUAAUGUUUCAUUUAAAUUGUGUAGAAUCAAAAAGAGCUGUAGUCAAUGUAAUACAACAGAAAAUAAAUAAAACAGCAGAAAGUAAUAUUGUGAAAUCUCUACCACAAAGUAUUUCUGAUUCAAAAAUAUUUUAUAAACAGUUGGGAGAAUAUUUAAAAACACUUUUAUUCCAGAAGCGUGAUAUUUUUCCAAAUGACAAAUUUAAAGAAUCCGUUUCCGAUUUAGAGAUUACUGAAAAAGCGACACUUUCAUAUACAAAAUCUGGUGAAAAAAUCACUAUUACAUUUGCUUGUUGUAGUUGUUCGUUAAUUCAACCUGCUUAUUUUAGUAUUACAAAUAAUAUAUAUUUAAUUGGAAAUCAUGAUCAUUAUUAUAUGAACUGUUAUAAAUGUGUUAACAGAAAAACAAUCGUUUUAAAAAACGAUUUUACAAAAGACGAAUUAAAAGGCAUUAUGUUUUUUUGCAUCUGGAGUUGCGGAAUAUUUUGUGAUUAUACCAAGUUGUAUAUACAUGAAAGAAAUUGUAUAAAACAAAUGUACCAAAAAUGUCCCAUUAAAUCAUGUUUUUGUUAUUUCAAACUAUACGAAAUUGAAGAUCAUGUUAAAAAGGAACAUCCAUUAGUAAUUUCCCCAUCAGUCAAUUUGUAUAAGGAUUUGAUUCCCGUAAAUUUAGAUACUUCUAAAUCUGCCAUAGAGCAUAUUAUGUUAGUAUGGUAUGUAUGUGUUCUUGUUAAAUUUAAAUGGGAACAACCAAAUUGGUCCAUCAGUUUAACUUGUGAAAUACCAGGUAUAAAAAUGCAAGCUAAAGUAUGUGAUAAGAAUAAAGAAUUAAUAUCUACAAUAAUUGAAAAUGGUUCAAUUCCUUACCAUGACAAAAUACACAUACAACUACGUUGUUUAAAUAACGAAAAUGAAAUUAAUGCUGAAUAAAAUUUAUCUUUACGCGAAAAUAGAAAUGUUAAUAUCUUUUUGAUUAUUUAUUUGGCCUUUACUUGAUGAAAAUCCAUAUUUGUAAAAUGAGAAAAACCAAACUUUUUCACGAACAUUUUUAUCAAAAAAAUAAAAAUUACUCAUUGGAAUUGUUUCGAAGUACCUACAACUUCUUCAAUUGAAGAAAAAAAAAUUUCCAAGUUUGGUUUUUCUCAUUUUAAUGCUAAUAUCUGAUAAAAAUAUUUUGCAUUUAGGCGAAAGACACUUUGUAAACAAUAUUUUACACUAAUUUAUUUUUGAAUUUGUAAACUUCAAUGUAUUUUAUAUUUUUUUAAUUUUAACAACUAGGUAUUCAAAAAUUAUGUUGUUUAAAGUGUUUCCAUCGCUAUAUUUUUAUGUAUUUCGUACGCAAUAUUCAAAGUGGCACUUAAUUUAAUUAAAAUUUAAGUAUUGUAAAGAUAUUAAUGUCCAGAAUAAUAAUAUUAUUGGUAUAUUCAUCGUUAAGUUGUUUUUAAAGUAUAAACAGUUAAGAAAAAUAUGUUAUUUUUAAUUUAAAGUUUUUAUUGGUUUGUAAACAAUAAUAAAGAGUUAAGCAAUUA